UGGUUAUUGGCCUCAGGACUCCCUUUUGGGAGCCUUUCCUAGCCACAAGCCUGUUCCGGCCUCCCCUGGGGACUAAUGCAGUGGGAGAAGCUGCUUUCCUCCACACCUGUGCUCUGGCAUGGUUCCACUGCCCCCCAUCUCCAGGAAUGAACUGCGCCGGGGGUUUUGCUAGAACCCAAGGAGUCCCACUUACAUAGGGGGAAACAGCUUCACGGCUAUCUGUCCACAAGCAUUCAAGGCACUGAAUGUUUGCCGCAGGCCCAUCUCGUUGGCCGUACUCACAAGACCCCCACCAGGCCUGGGAGCCCUGAGGGCACUCUGGAAUGGCCUAAGCCACACAGGCCCUUCUGCUCAUCUCUGUAAUGUAAUCUUGGGUGAGUUGGCCGGAGCCUGAAAAUUCCCCUCUGGAGAACCUGGGGCCCUCACUCCUGACCCUCCCCCUGGGGAGCCUAACACACACAUUCACCAUCUCCUCCCCAAAUUUCCUUUUUCAUUCCUGACCACAGUCUGGAGAGCCAGGACUGAGAUUACCUGCUGGCCAGCCCUGGCCUUGGCUGGCGAGUGACAUUGCAUUGCUGCAGCAGAACUGACCUGCCCAGCUGUGGUCCUUCUCCCUUCCCCUGUGGUUCUCAGCCCUGGGACCCUUCGAACCCCCUCUCCCAGGAGUCCAGUCUAUUUUAUGUUCCUGGCUUAAAUAGGGUGGAGUCAUUAGGAACUUAGGUUGGAAAACCAGAGUUCACCUCUUGAUUCCAAGGGGCCUUAGGCAAUUUACUGAAAUCUCUCUGGGCCUCAGUUCCUUUGUCUGUAAAAUGGAAGUAACAGGACCAGCUCCAUAGCCUUGUGGAGGCUGACAAGAGAUCCCCAGAUGCAAAGUCUGGGUCUUUGGAGGCCUCAAGCAUGGGUCGCCCACCAUCAGAGAAGCUUGCAAGAGUUUCCUAAUUGGUGCUCAAGUCUUACUUCUCCAGUCCGUCUCCACUCAGAAGUCAGACGGGUCUCUCCUCCUCAUGGAGGAACCUUCACUGGCUCUCUGAUGCCCGGCAUUCACUUUGGCCACAGUGUGCUCUCAUGUGCUCCUGGCUCGUGUGUAACACACACACACAGAGGCACGCGCACAUGCACCCACAUGCACACAGGCAUUUGAAGUGUGUUUAGGAAGACUCUGGACUCAGUGACCCUGUGACAUGUGGCCCUUCUCCCGACUAGGGUCAAAGGACUCUAGGCUUUUCUGCUGAAGGAAACUGUCCAGCCCAGGACCCUUGUUGACCAGGGUGGGAACAAAACACCCUUUCCAAACAGAAGUCCUAGGAGGUGGUGGUGCCUGCCAGAUGGCUGAACAGACAGCUGUAAGGACUCUGAGGCAGGGCCCUGCCCCUGUUGGAGCACCAGUCAGAAUCCUGGUUGCCCCUGCUGGCUGCUGGGAGCACCUCUAACUUUGCCUUUCCUUCCCCCAAGACCAUGGUUUUCUCCCAAGGUCAGUGUCCUUGUGCCUGACACUAGCUAACAGUCUGCCUGGGGAUCUCAUGAUGGCUAAACUCAUGGGCAGGAGGGAGGUCACGGACCCCUUGCCUCAUCUGGGCGGUAAGCACACAGAAUGUUUAUCCUUCCUGCUUCUGGAAGUGGGGGGCAACCAUUGCCCGCCUGCUGGGGCGGAGUGCUGGAGAGUGCUGGAGAGGGGCUCCCCCUGCUUAGUCCCGCUGUUUUUGGUAAACCAGAGUGUUCUAAGGGGACCUUCCUCAAUAACGCACCUCUUCCAUCUCCCACUUACCCUCUCCAAGCUGUGACAGCAACUCCUCCACAUUCCCUUUACGCCCCACUAGCAUCUCAGAAUUGGAGCCAAGUCGGCAGCAACUCCUCCCUUUGGGCCCAGCCCUUGGAAGGGAAAGGGGCGUGUGUUCCUUUAAGGGGCUGGCCCGGCGGGAACGCGGGGGUUUGUCCGCAGCCGCUUCCUCUCAGGCGGUUCGGGAUCCCCCAAAUCCGCCGGCUUCCUCGGACCCGGACAGCCCUGGGCUGGGAGCGCUCCAGCCCGUCCAAGAGCCGCCUGGGGACACCUGCCCCGGACACCCUCCGCGCCAUGGGCCCACUGCUCCUGGUCCUGCUGUACCCGCUGUCCUGUGUCUCCGGGCUGUCUUUCUACAAUGGCUUCUACUACUCCAACAAUCCCAGCUCCUGGAACAGCCACCGCGAAGGCAUCUUCAAUGGGGUGAAGCUGGUGGUAGAGACGCCCGAGGAGACCCUGUUCUCACACCCGGGGGCCAACGUGACCCUGCCCUGCCGCUACCACUACGAGCCAGCCCCGCUGUCCCCGAGGCCCGUGCGCGUCAAAUGGUGGAAGCUGUCGGAGAACGGGGCUCCCGAGCUGGAUGUGCUCGUGGCCAUCGGGCUGAGGCACCGCACCUUUGGGGACUACCGAGGCCGGGUGCGCCUGCGGGAGGAUGGGGAGCGAGAAGCGUCCCUGCAGAUCCGGGACGUGCGGCUGGAGGACUCUGGGCGCUACCGCUGUGAGGUCAUCGACGGGCUGGAGGACGAGAGCGGCCUGGUGGAGCUGGAGCUGCGGGGCGUGGUCUUUCCCUACCAGCACCCCCGAGGGCGCUACCAGCUCAACUUCCAUGAGGCCCAGCGGGCUUGUGAGGAGCAGGACGCGGUGGUGGCCUCCUUCGAGCAGUUGUUCCGGGCCUGGGAGGAGGGCCUGGACUGGUGCAAUGCGGGCUGGCUGCAGGACGCCUCGGUGCAGUACCCUGUCAUGCGAGCCCGGGAGCCCUGCGGCGGCCUGGGCCUGGCCCCUGGUGUGCGCAGUUACGGCCCGCGUCACCACCGCCGGCACCGCUAUGACGCGUUCUGCUUUGCUCCUGCCCUCAGGGGGCAGGUGUACUACCUGGAGCUCCCUGAGAAGCUGACCCUGGCAGAGGCAAAGGAGGCGUGCCGGGAAGACGGCGCCCGCAUUGCCAAGACUCAUGGGUAAUCUGGACACGUGCGUAUGUUCACCUACAAAUACUCGACCACACGAACACACGCCCAAGAAGAUACCAGCAAACUCACAGCAGCACGCACUAACCAGCGCCCGGACUCCUUCCCAAACACCGACGCAGGGGCUCACUGAACAACUGAGCCAAGCAGGGGGCCCCCAUCUGGCCUCCUAAGGAGCAGGCUCGUGGGGGGACCGUCCCCUGCCUCCACUCAAGGUCUCCUGAGGGAAUCCAUAAGCCAUUGUAAUCGAUUUUGUUGAUAUCCUAUGGCCUCCAUGAGGGCAGGACGCCCAGACCUUUUGGCUAGUGGCCAGCCAACUAGCUAAGCACAGAUAUGUGCAGGCAAGAUGCCCCGUUCCCAGACUGUCUGCGGCUGCUUCUGCUCCCUCUUCUCAAUCCUGAUGGGCCUCUGCUCGUGACUCGCUCCACCAAGCAUCUCCUAGGGGAGCAGUGUGCGAUCAAAGAACCAAACUAUGCAAAGUAACCAGAUGUCCCAUUUGGGUGGGCGUUUGACAGUACAUGCGUGUGCACGCACACCCACACCCACACCCACCCACCCACACACACACACACACACACACACACACGGCCCAUCAAAGGCACAGGUGCCCUCACAGUAACAGAGUGCAACAGGUGUGACUGUUCCAGGCUUCGUGAACAGACAACAGUCACCCAAUUUGGGAUCCUUUGCUGGAAACACAUCCCAACUGCCCCCAUUCCUAAGGGCCCCUUCGGUCGACCUCAGACCCUGGUUGCCUUCUCUUGAAAUUUAAAAAAAGGGAAAAGAGAAGAAAGAGAUCUCUUCCAAUGUCUUUAUUAUUAUAAUUAUCAUAAUCUUUAGUUUUCAAAAAUAUAAAUAGGUGCACGGAACUCUGGUGCCUGCACCGUCCCGGGGGUGGGGGGUGGGG